CCGCCUCUUCCCCUCGGCCACCGCCCCGCCCGGAACCCAAACACCGGCUCCUGCUGCGCGCCGCGCGUGAUCGCCUGCGCCGCCGGCCCCCAGGCCCAGGCCCGGCCCGCCGAGCGAUGCUGCUGCUCGUGGCCACCUGCGUCGUGGCGUUCGUGCUGCUGCUGUACAUGCUGUCCCCGCUCAUCAGCCCCAAGCCCCUCGCGCUGCCCGGGGCGCAUGUGGUGGUCACCGGAGGCUCCAGCGGCAUCGGGAAGUGUAUCGCUAUCGAGUGCUACAAACAGGGAGCGUUCAUCACUCUGGUCGCCCGGAACGAGGACAGGCUGCUGCAAGCAAAGAAAGAAAUCGAAAAGCACUCUAUUAACGAUAAACAGGUGGUGCUCUGUAUAUCAGUCGACGUCUCCCAAGACUACAGCCAAGUGGAAAAUGUCAUAAAACAAGCGCAGGAGAAACUGGGCCCGGUGGACAUGCUCGUGAACUGUGCCGGCAUGUCGCUUUCAGGGAAGUUUGAAGACCUUGAAGUCGGGACUUUUGAAAAACUCAUGAGCGUCAACUACCUGGGCAGCGUGUACGCCAGCCGAGCGGUCAUCACCACCAUGAAGGAGCGCCGGGUGGGCAGGAUCGUCUUUCUGUCCUCCCAGGCGGGGCAGGUGGGGCUCUUCGGCUUCACCGCCUACUCUCCGUCCAAGUUCGCCAUCAGGGGCUUAGCGGAAGCGCUGCAGAUGGAGGUGAAGCCCUACAAUGUCUACGUCACGGUCGCCUACCCGCCCGACACAGACACGCCGGGGUUUGCAGAAGAAAACAAGACAAAGCCUUUGGAAACCCGCCUCAUUUCGGAGACCACGUCCAUCUGCUCCCCGGAGCAAGUGGCCAAGCAGAUCGUCAAAGACGCCAUCCAAGGGAACUUCAACAGCUCGGUGGGCUCCGACGGGUACAUGCUCUCGUCCCUCACCUGCGGGAUGGCUCCGGUCACGUCCAUCACUGAAGGGCUCCAGCAGGUGGUCACCAUGGGCCUGUUCCGCAUGCUGUCUUUGUUUUACCUGGGAAGUUUCGACAACAUCAUCCGUCGCUGCAUGGUAGAAAGAGCAAAAUACGAAACCGCAGACAAGACUGCCUAACCCUUGGGAAGAAGGAGUGUUCCUAACUCAUGCGAGCAGCUUGCUGCUGGACGGGACCCAGUCUUUGGACCACAGACGCUUGUGUGUGUUGAUUUUGAGUAUGUCAGAUGGGACCAGCGGUCUCCAGCCACCUGGCUGCGAGCGAGGGGAUGGAAGCUCAAGUGCGGACAAUGGGAUCACUGCUGUGCAAACGUGGGCCGGGAGACCGUCUGGUUCUCCGGGAGGAGAGGCGAUGACGGUGGGGCAACGGGUAGGGACGAGCAGGUCGGGAACGGGACUCCAGAGCCAUCAUUCACCUUUUCUCCAGUUGUUCUUUUCCCCGCUGGGAGGUCAAGCCCGAGGUGGACUUGGACACGGAAGACCUUGUGAGGACUUGUUAAACCUGCCAUGUCAGACGGUUUGUGGGUUUCUGAAGCCUUUUUUUCUUCUCUCUUUCAUUUCAUAUAUUUUACUCAAAAAGAGUUUUACAUGUUGUGGGUGAGUCUGAGUACGUAAUGAUGUUUCUGGACCCCUGUGCAGCUUGCUGGUGGAUGCUUGUGGGGUUCUCUUGCUCUGGGAGUUUUCCAUCAAACUCCGCGAGGAGGGGAGGUCAGUGCAGAGAGGAGAAAGGGGGUAGGUGUUUUCCGGUAGGAAAAAUCAGGCUUUCUUGUCUUCUUGAGGUUCCAGUUACUAGGGCGCUUCUCAUUUUUCACUCAGGGGGAAAGGCAGCCCCCGAAAAUGGUUUUUUUUUUUAAGAGAAAUAAAAUCUUAGAAGCUUAAACAUUUACAGUUGUCUUCACCAGCCAUGAUGAGCUGAGGUUUCAUUCCAUUGUAUCAACAGUUUAUUCCCAUCUUUUCCUUUCCAAGUUUGCUGAUACUAGUAUAGUAUUUUUUUUGUUUUUUUUUUUAAAAGACCAGUUAAAACUUUUUGACUUGACUUUUUCAAUUCAUUCAUGAAUUGAUGAAAACACACAAAAAAAUUAGAAUGUGAGACGUUCUUCUCCUCGUAUAUAUGUAACUGUUAGGAAAGGCUGGUGAUGGCAUAUUUGAAUUUCGCUCAUUAAGAGAAACCAGUUGGACAACAAGGCCGAUUUGGAAGAUACUGGUCUUUGAAAUGAAAUGACCACCGCGUUCUUUCUGUGAGUGACUCUCCCACUGGCCUGGCCGGUUCUGGAACAUUCUCUCUGAACCGCACGUGAAGGAAGCACAGUCAUCCUGCUCACAGCACGGCUCUGGCACCUCUCGGCCCUGGAGUGCUGUUUCUGGACGACAGGCUGUGUCGCCCGUUCGUGGAUUCCCGCAGUAAGUGCCUGCGGUGAGGCGCAGCCGGCAGACCCAUGUCACCCUGUCCGUGUGCACCGCCGGCUGAGGACGGCCGCCUUCAUGCUAACGCCAUGCCCCCUCCUCGCACGGUCGGAAUGCGUGUUCGGCAGCAGGUUCCAGCCCGCUUGGGCGAGACAGACCACUGCUUCUGAAGAGGAAAGUUUUUAUUGUUUUUUAAAAAAAAACUUGACAAAAGAUUGAAGACCUAAAAAUGAGAGCAGAGAGUUUCUUUCCUCUUGAGUUUUUGAUCCUCUUGACUUUAGAAUGACUUAAUUUUUUAAAAGUACGAUGUUUAACGGCUUUAAUCCAUGCGGUCUUGUUAAUCAAAAGCGGAGGGUGGCCUAUUUAAAUACUAUCGAUGGCAGGAGCAGUGAUGAUUUAAUAAUAGUGAGCUGCGUGGGGUGACCUCCGUGCGGUUGCUGGGGGCGGGGGGAGGGCCCUCAUCGGGUGGGAGUCCCAGCCUUUGGCCUCCAUCACCCGCGGACGCCACGCAGUGUCAGAAGUGUAGCAAGAGCUGUAUUUUCAUAACUCGCAGAUGACAGUUACAUUCCUCUCUGUAUUUUUCUCAACUUUAUUCUUUUCUCA